AUGCAUUGUCAUCGAGGCUCAGGCACCGUGGCUUCGGAGCUCCAUCUACUGUGUGAUCUCUCCAAGCAACCUCAAAUUUGGACUAUGAAGCACAUAGGAGGAGCAAUGAGAGGCACUGGUGCCGAGCAGCUGCCCGCCUUGGUACGCAACAUUGUGGUGUCCAAGAUGAGCAACAAUGCUCUUCGUUUCUUCUACACCGUCGGCUACAAGAUGGACUACGAGCUUCUCCGCGAUGGUUUUGCGUACUGCUUCCAGAGAGCCUUUCCGAUCACGGUCACAGUAACUUCAGUGUGUAGGCUUCCCAAGCAGCACUCGAUCUACGACGCGACACCGGUCACGCCAAACAUUCAGCUUGUCGAGGUUACGGCUCCCGCCGCCGCUGACAACUUUAGCGAUGUUGUCCUGGCAAUCUCCCGUAAGCUUUCAUUUCUUCGUUUCCUUUUCCUUUCUUUUUGGUUUUGUCAUCGCUCAGGCUUGUAAAUUUGUCUAAGCCUGGAAGUUUUGCAAGGAUUGUUUCCACGGCCUCCACGGCGGCCGUGUCGCGACUUGCUUACGCGAAGUGACAGGCUUGAGCAUCGCGUUUGAAUCAUUGCAAAGAUAUUUGGUUAUUAUAACGCA